GUCUCUUUUUUUCAGAAUAAGUCUCUUUUCUCUCCUUUUUUGCGCCUUCAAGUGCUCAAGAAAUUAAAAUUGUGGAACAGGAUUGUGGGAUGCACUAUUCUUCAAAUGCAAUAAAGGAUUCAUGUUGAAAUGGUUGGCUGCUGAUCUGAAGUGUUAAUGAUGGAAAAGAGCAAAUUUAGAGCUGAUUGGCUUCUUAAAAAAGACCGCAAUGGACAUUUGAUGUCAGUACGGGCGUCAAGACAUAGUGAAACUGAAGUGUUUUGCAAACUUUGUUUGUGUACAGUAGAUUUUCAGAACAAGGGUCUUCAUGCUCUUCUUCAACACUCAUACUAUGCUAAACAUAAAAAAUUAGCCUCUGAUCUUCUAGGGCCUAAACAGAUGGUUUUAGUUGCAGCUAAUCCUGGUGAUUCGUCUGAAACAAUCCAGAGUGAAUAUCCCGGAUCAAGCCAUAGUUCUUCAGCACCUGUUAUUAAACUCUAUAGUUUGAAGAAUGCGGCAACAGUAUCUGAACUCAUUUGGGUUAUGAAGUCGGUGUGUUGCAACUUUUCGGCAUCUUCUUGCAGUGGCAUAAAGGAAACAUUUGAUGCAAUGUUUCCAGGGGGUGUUCCAACUGAUUUUUCUUUAAGCCCUAAAAAGAUGCGAUAUUUAAUAACUGAUGCACUGGGACCAUAUUUUCAACAGAUGAUCUCAGAUGAUGUGGGAACCUCCUUUUAUUCAAUCUGUUUUGAUGAAACAACCAGUGUUGAAGACAAAAAGGAGCUCCAGAUAUCGGUGAGAUAUUGGUCAGAGGGUAGAGGUGAAGUAGUUUCAAGCCAUUUGCAGACAUUCUUCAUCGGGAAAGCUGAUGCACAAACUCUUCAUGAAAAAAUUCACACUGCCAUCAGUAGGGCAAACCUGCCCAUUCACAAGCUGCUGAUGAUUGGUUCAGAUGGACCUAAUGUGAAUAAGAAAGUUCACAGACUUUUCAAUGAAAAUUUGAUUGAAAUGAGGUCACAUGGAUUAGUUCAUAUCGGGACAUGCCUCCUUCACAUUGUUCACAACUCAUAUCUGAAAGCCUUGCAGACCUUUGGUUAAGAUGCAUCUAAAUUAGCUAUUGCUGUUUACCACUACUUUGAGGGGUGGCCAGCGAGGGUAGAGGAAUAUGAAAAGAUCCAAGAAGAUCUCAAAUUACCUCAAAAGAAAUUCCUCAAACAUUCUCCUUCUAGGUGGCUUACAUUUUGCUCUGCUGCUGAGAGACUUCUCGAACAGUGGCAAGGAGUAAAUCAUUACUUUCUUAAAUUCAUCCCAUCAACAAAGAAUCAGGCUGUGUUACAGUCUAGUUCAUACAGAAAGAUUGUCAACCUUUUACGUUGCUCAACUAUCAGAGCAGAAUUGUACUUCACUAUAUCUUCUGCAGAACUUUUCACUAGCUUCACCGAAAGAUUCCAACGAGAUGAACCUUUAAUUCACAUCCUGUACCCUCAGCUACAAGAACGGUUAGGGAAACUGGCUAGACGUGUUUGCAAGUUGGUUUCUGAA